GUGUUCCCUCCCAUUUAAAGUCAAACACUCUUUGUUCCUUUGUGGAUAAUAGCUUAUAUCAAAUUGAUCCAAAACAACCCAAGCAAGAAACCAACCAUGUCAAACUCAAAGACUCACAUUUUCAUAUUCCCAUACCCAGCACAAGGCCACAUGCUUCCACUCCUUGACUUAACCCACCAAUUAGCCCUUCAAUCCACCUUCACCAUAACAAUCAUCGUCACUCCUAAAAACCUCCCCAUCUUAACCCCUCUUUUGUCAACACACCCAAACACAAUCAAAACACUAAUCUUCCCAUUCCCUUCACACCCCAAAAUACCCUCAGAUGUUGAAAAUCUCCGUGAAAUCGGAAACCCCGGAAACUAUCCUUUCAUUAACGCACUUUCCAAUCUUCAAAACCCAAUAAUCCAGUGGUUUAACAUCCACCAUAAUCCCCCUGUUGCUCUCAUAUCCGAUUUCUUCCUUGGCUGGACUCAACAACUAGCUACUCAACUUAAUAUUCCCAGAAUCGCUUUUUACUCAUCUGGGGCUUUUUUAACCGCGGUAAUUAACCGUUGCUGGAGAAACCCACUUUUCUUUCAGUCACAGGAGGUUGUUGAGUUCAAUGAAAUUCACGGAACGCCGUCGUUUAAGCGUGAUCAUCUUCCUAGCUUAUUUCGUCGUUACGUCGAAUCGGAUCCUGAGUCGGAGUUUGUAAAAGAGAGUUUCAUUUCCAAUGAUGAAAGCUGGGGAUUUGUUAUCAAUACGUUUAGCGCGUUGGAAGGUGGUUAUUUGGAUAAUAUUGAAGGUCAAUUCGGUAAUAGAAGACUUUUUGCUGUUGGACCGUUAGGGUAUGAUCGGGUCGGGUCUGACUUGGAAGAUGGAUCCGACGUGUUACGGUGGUUGGACCGGUGGGAUGAGGAUGGGUCAGUGUUGUAUGUUUGUUUUGGGAGUCAGAAGUUAAUGAGAAGGGAUCAAAUGGAGGCAUUGGCAUUCGGGUUGGAAAGAUCCGGGAUCCGAUUUGUUUGGGUGGUGAAGGUUCCGUCGACGGUGGAGCAAAUAGAGGAAGGUUAUGGAUUGGUGCCGGAGGGGUUUGAGGAUUGGGUUUCGGGUAGGGGGAUUGUGGUGAAGGGUUGGGUCCCACAGAUAGCGAUAUUAGGUCAUCGGGUUGUGGGUGGGUUUUUGAGUCAUUGCGGGUGGAAUUCGGUGUUGGAAGCCGUGGUUGCCGGGGUUGGGAUUCUUGGAUGGCCAAUGGAGGCUGAUCAGUUUGUGAAUGCAAAGCUGUUGGUGGAGGAUAUGGGAGUUGCGGUCAGAGUUUGCGAGGGAAUGGAUACGGUGCCUGACCCGAAUAAGUUGGGUCGGGUGAUAUCAAGUAUUAUGAGUGGGGAUAGUCCACAAAAGAAAAGAGCUAAGUUGAUGAAAGAGGAAGCUCUUAGGGCUGUGAGUAAGGAUGGUGUUUCCUCUAAAGAGUUGAAUGAACUUGUCCAUGCUUUGCAGCAACUUGGUGUUAAAGAAAGAUCAUAGUGUGAUAUAGAGUCAAAUGUUGUGAAAUUCAUUUGUAAUUCAGGGCAUCUAUUGUAUCAACAAUAUCAAAAUAUAGGCUUUAGGUUGCAAAAUAUUUCUAUUGUAUCAGCAAUAUGAAAAUAUACUAUCGGUGUCGGAUACACAUCGGAUACCAAUUCUUCGUCAUUUUUGGAGUAUUGGGGUUUCACAGGAAUAGACUUUAGUUUGCAAAAUAUGAGAUGCAUUUUUUUGUAACCUGUAGUUCUUGCACUAUAUGCAUUUUUUUAUAACUUGUUAUGUUUAAAGUUAAAA